CAAGACUCGAUGACAACCAGGACAUCGAACACGACUCCUGUCCCAAACCAAGAAAUAUCCACCGAUUGCGCCAGGAUACGAUGUCGGACCCACGCGCCGCUUCCAACAACGGCGAUAAUGACUCCGGUGAUAGUAUGGAUGCUGCCGUGGCUAAAACCGCUGGCUUCGUAGUCUUUUCAGGGAUCGCUAUGAGCAUCCUCAAAACCCUAAACCCUUUCAACAAAGACAGGGACGCAACUCCACUGCCUCAACAGCCUGUCGCUGAGUCCACUCAGUCUUCUCUGACUCAGCCGAUCCGAGAUUCCCCGCCUCCUCCUCCUCCCCCAGGACCCAUUAUCACCAAGAAAGCAAGUAGUAAUAUGGAGCAAAGAGUGCCAGAAUACUCGGGAAAUGUAAUAGAGAUUGUGAAAGGAGAUACUCUUUGGGGUCUCUCCAGAAAAUAUGGGGUGUCAAUAGAUGCAAUCAAAGAGGCUAAUGGGCUUACAGGGGAUACCAUCUACGCUGGCAAGAAACUCAUUAUCCCAUGAUGUUGUUUUAAUCUCUUCGUAUCUGUUUUUCAGUUUUUCUCUUCCAAAUUGGUUGUUAGACAUGUAAUUUUGCAAAUGCUAGUGAAGAGUAUCUGUCCCGUAGUUUGUAAUUUCAACAUGAGCAGAUGGAGACCCUAGAUCAGGAUUGAGAAUGCUGCUGCGCACUGUUCACAGUUCUAUUUUAAAUAUUGUCUAUUUAAUUGCAUUUGUCUUAUUUACAUUCUAAGUGUUUAGUGUCUGACUUAUUUGUAAGGUUGUUCCUUGGCUGUACUUCUCUCAUGCUUUGCAAUUUAUGUACAAUCAAAUGGGGCUCUGUAGUGAAGCAGAUUGAGAGGGGUUCUGGUACAAUAAGGAUUGUGCGGAGAAAGAGUUGAGACUGUUGGGAGACCUAUAACUCUUCAAUCAUAGGCAUGUUCUGGUAUGUUUGGGAACUAGAUUGCUUUUGCCACCAAUUUGGACAAGAUGUUAUGGUUCUCAGGGGUGAUACUUUCCGAGCCAAAAAUAAGAAGAUAGCUGUGCUAACUUGUUAUAGAGUUGUAGAAUAUUCACAUCAUUUUGUAACAAGAAUAAUAAGCUACUUAAUACUUCUGGUUAACUGGCCCUAACACUGUAACAGAGCUCGGCUAAGUGUGUAUACAUACCUAUUGUUAAUUUGUUACAUGCUGAAGUUAGAAAUGUUAUAGUGACAUCUUGAUAGCUUUGCUCCAUGUAAUGACAAUUGCUAGCUUGCUUCUCCA